CCUCCCCCGAUCCCUCGCAUCCACCUCGCGGGCAAUUUGCCCUCCUAUUACCCUAUCCAGCAACAAGAGUUGUCCUAACACUACAUUGAAGGCAACUAAACUUCAUGAUCCCAGCCUUAUCACCGCCUACCAUCCGAUUGAGCCUCUCCCGACCGGCGAUUGCAGGACCUGCACCCGCGCAGGCCUCACUCCAACGACCCCCUAAAUAAGCCUGCCUUCCACUUCACAAUGUCCGCCCAUUAUUCCACCGAGCCGGCGGCCACCGCAUCCGCCACGUUGUCAACCACCUUCGGUCCUCUGCAGAUCGCCCUCUUCGCCAACCAGACUCCCCUCACGUGCCGCAAUUUCCUCCAACACUGCCAGGACAACUACUACGUGGGCACCAUCUUCCAUCGCAUCGUACCGGACUUCAUCGUCCAGGGCGGCGAUCCGACAGGUACCGGGUCGGGCGGGACGUCUAUCUAUGAGGACCCAGAGUUUGAGUACGAUCCGGACGCGCGCGAUCCGGACGAGAAGGUCGUGCUACGCGAUGAGCUACACAGUCGGCUACGGUUUAACCGGCGAGGACUGGUGGGAAUGGCGAAGAGCGAGGACGGCACAUACGGAAGCCAGUUUUUCAUUACUCUGGGGAACACGGAGCGCGAGCUGAAUGGGCAGUGUACGCUCUUCGGGCGCAUCGAAGGUGACUCCAUCUACAACUUGCUGAAGAUCGCGGAGGCGGAGCGCAUAGAGGGUACGGAAACACCGGUUUACCCGGUCAGGGUGACUGGCUGCGAGGUCGGGGAGCUGGGACCGCUGGCCGGCAAGAUCAAGGAGAGGCAGAUCACGGCGACCGCGCACAAGUCGGAGAAACCCGCACCGCCCAAAAGGAAGAAGAAGGCGGCCAAAGGUGGGAAGACGCUGUUGAGUUUUGGAGAUGAUGGCGACGUGGCCGCAGACAUUCCCGUACGACCGGCGAAACCCAAAUACAACGCCAGCCUCGUUACCGAUACGCAAGGCACGUCCAACGACGCUCCUGGCAAAAAUCGAGCCGAGAAUCAAACACAGGUUCCGACAAAACCGCGCAAACGGCCGCACUCUCCGUCUCCUGAGCGUCGGCCCCGUCCUAAGACGCCCGAGCCAGAGAAACAACUCCCCCUGCCUGACCCGGAGUCGCCAGAACGCUCGCCGUCCCAAUCGCGAUCACCCCCCGCAAAGAAGUCCUUCCUAUCUCGUACCAAUGCCGAAAUCGAGAAUGUUAUGGCCUCCAUGCGUCGGGACGUGCACGCAGGGCCUGCCGACUCCGGUCGCAAGAAAUCCGCCUUGGAAGCCAUGAUCCCGGACACAGCGAUCCGCGGACGCAGACGCCCACCACCAGGGAGCACAAAUGGUGGCGGCCGCAGCGGCGCGAACGGGCUCGGCAGCUCCUCUGACAAGGACACCCUGCAAUUAUUCAACGCGUUCAAGUCCAAGCUCGAGACCGCAGAGACGAGUCAGCCUGCUCGCACCAACUCCCCCCCUCCGACCAAAACCAAGAAGGGCACACAUACCGAGAACGAAGAGUCCGAAGACCCGGAAGCCCAGCUCUGCGAUCUACACUUCAUUGCCAACUGCCAGUCCUGCAAAUCAUGGAAGGAUGAGGACCAUGAAUCUGCCGCCGGGGAUGACGACGACCGGGGCUGGCUGACCCACCAGCUGCAAUUCGGCAAGGACACGAAGGGCAAAGACCUCAAGUGGAAGAAGGAGCAUCCCGGGGACGCCGAUUCGUUAAUGGUGAUUGACCCGCGGGAGAAGGAGAAGGAGCUUGUAGGCGGGCGAAAGCGAGGGCUUGCUCGGGAUCGGGAACGAGAGAGGAAGAUGGAGCGAGCUGGGACCUUGGAAUGGGAGAAGGGGAGGCAUUGAUUUUGUGGCAUUGAUGACGAACGACGAUGUUGAUAUAGAUAGAUCUAUGCAGCGGCCAAUUUACAGCUCCAUAUAAUGAUAUUGGAUGUUGCUUAAA